AUGGCAGCUUAUUAUGCUACAGAGGAUGUUACUCGCUUGCUCCUUGACCAAGGGGCACAUAUUGAGGACUGCAACGAGCACAGCUGGACCUCACUACACCUAGCAGCUCAGGAAGGACAUCUCGACAUUGUCACUCUGCUCCUUGUGCGGAACGCCUCCAUUUCCGCGAGAACCGAUAAGCAGUACACGCCGCUGCUGGUAGCAGCUAAUCACGGUCGAGAGGACGCCGUUCGUUUGCUCCUUGACAAGAGGGCCUGCGUCGAGGACUGCGAUGAGGAGAGCUGGACCUCACUUCACAUUGCAUCUUACGGGGGACACCUCGGCAUCGCCAGUCUGCUUCUGGAGCAUGGUGCAUCUGUCGACGCGCGAAACGAGCAGCAGGCUACGCCGCUGUUG